GCAAACAAAAUGUCCAAGGACUCGCCAGUGUUAGAAAGAACUCGCUCUUCGUCAUCUUCUUCAUCCCCUGGUCCUGCUAAACCGCAGAGAUUGACUGCUGCUGUUCCUAAGGUUGAAGUUGGUGCUCCUUGCUUAAGAUGUAAGGGAGGAUGUGAGGGAUUACUUUUACAUGUCUGGAGGAAAGUAUGCAUCAAUUGUCAAUGCCCACGUGAAACUCAUCAAGCAACCGUUAGCCCGAGGAGCUCAAGAAUGUCAGACAGGAGGUAUAGUCAAGAUGUUGCAGAUGAAAAGGUCCUCAACAGCUAUUCCUGGUUUCCAAGUGGGAUCAGUGUGGACCUGGUCAAGCGCUACAUGGAAUGCCUGCCAAAAGACCGAGUUCCGUUACGAGGUAGCGAAGGAGAGAAGAAAAGAAACCAGCUGUACCUAGAGCAACUACCACCGCAUGACUUGGACCCUACUUUAUGCCAUGAUAUGAGUGACAUUGAAAAGAAGAGGCUCAUCAAAAUAGCCGAUAAAUGUAAAGCUCGUGCCUGCGGUGUAGGAGGCAUUAACAUAGCAACAGGAAAAAAGGUUUGCACUCAGUGUGAUAAAAGGAUUGAUACUGGAAGUGUGUACAUUGCAGCAGCUCGCUCACCCUCAAAGGCAUGGCACCCAUUAUGCUUCACAUGCACAACAUGCAAUGAAGUGCUAGUUGAUCUGAUCUACUUCCUCAAUGACAAGGAUGACAGCCUUUACUGUGGGAGACAUUAUGCUGAACUUAAAAUACCACGCUGCCAUGGAUGUGAUGAGUUGAUUGUUGCCGAUACUUUUACAAUAGCAGAGGACAAAAAGUGGCACAAAGAGCACUUUUGCUGCCAGCUGUGUGAUACCCCACUCCAGGGUCAAAAGUAUACAGGGAGAAAGGAUGGCUCUUUUGUUUGCCAGACAUGCUAUGAUAAAACAGCUGUUGAUUGUCGUCGCUGCCUUCUUCCCAUUAAGAUAGGACAAUCAAAGAUUACCAAGAAUGGAAUAGAGCUUCAUGAAGACUGCUUCAACUGCAAGAGAUGCAGAGAGAGCCUUUUUGACAGGAAAUAUUACUUUUCUGAAGGCGACUUUCUCUGUGAUGAAUGCUUGCAACCAAUUGCUCAGUGUUCUUCAUGUAAGGAGGGAAUCCUCCUCACAGAGAAGCACAUGAAAUAUGAAGCUCAUGCCUGGCAUGUCAAGUGUUUCAGUUGCUCCUCGUGCAAAAUUAGCCUAAUUGACAAGGGGUUUCAGAAUUAUGCUGGUAGCCUUGUCUGCGGUGAUUGUUUUAAACAAAAGACCAGCAAGAAGUGCAACGUCUGCUACAAGCCAAUCACUGGGAAAGGAGUUCAGUUUAGCUUCAAUGUCUUCCAUCUCGAAUGUUUUAAAUGUGCAGACUGCAAUAAAGCACUAUCAACUGAUGCUGGGAAGAUAUCUGAGAAGCAUGGGAAGUUUUACUGUGAAUCGUGUGUAGUAAAGUUUGCUAAGGUGUGUGGAGCUUGCAAGGAGCCCGUCACAUCUCGCCAUACAAUGUACAAAAAGAAAAUAUACCAUCUCAACUGUUUCAAGUGCACAAACUGUGGCAUUCCAAUUGGGAAGCAGUCAUUCUAUGAGACAAGUCUAAAUGACAUUCUUUGUGAGCCUUGUGCUGGAAAAAAUAGCAGUACAUGAAUACUAUUAAUAAUAAUUUACAAUACUGCUGAAUAAUUACUAUUUUAGUCUAUCUAUCUAAUACAUUUUUAACUUUAAUUUAAUACAUUUGUAUGAUGAAUAUUGAAUAAAAAGAUUUCUUAAGUCAUGUGAUCA